AUGAAGAAACCUAUUUUGUCUCCCAGUUCAGACGACUUCCAGUCAGACACAAAGAAACCGGAAAAGCCUCGGCGAACUGGUAAGCUGGAGAAGCAAACCCGAGUUCUGAGCGAAGAAGACUCUGACUUCGAGUGUGUAAGCCAACCCGAAGAUUCCGACAGCGAAGAAGAUUUGGAAGAUGAAGACUCUCCGGUUGAAAUGCGGGCGAAAAAACGAAAGAAAAUAACGAGAAAAGAAAGGGACAAAGCCAACAGAUUGAAGAAGAGAAGAAGGGACAACAAUGAUGUCACCAAGCCCUCUCGAGAUUUUCAGAACAAAAUGACAUAUAAGGAAUGGGAAUUGCUGAUCCCGCACCCACGGGAUAUAAACGUCAAAAUCCAAAACAGCAAUGACAAUAGCAAGGAUCGUUCAACAAUAAGUGAAAUUAAGAAAACGCUUACGAAGGAGCAGUUGGAGAUUUUUAGGAGGUCAGCGUUUGGGAAGUUCUUGGACCUCCCUCAAUGCAUUAUACAAAACCAGCUCAUAAACUACAUACUGUUGCGCGAGGUUCAUCAUAGCAGGACAGAUGAGCUUUGGUUUAAUUUCGGAGGGAAAUUUCUCCGUUUUGGCAUUGAAGAGUUUGCUGUUGUCACUGGUUUGAAAUGCGCUGAACGAAGCAAAAAGAUGAAUAUUCCCAAGAUUUCUGAUGGCCUCCACGACAAGUAUUUCGAGGGAAUUGACUUAACUCGGAACCAUAUCAGAUGGCAGUUUCAAAAAAAGUCAUGGGUGAGUGAUGAAGACGCCGUCAAAUUAGCUAAAUUACACUUGUUAGCGAAUUUUCUCAUGGGAUCUCAAGACGCCCUUCGCAUCGAACGCUGCUAUGUUGACAUGAUUGACAGCGCGGAAUGCGAUGAUUAUUCCUGGGGUACCGAUGUAUUUGAGUUUACCCUUUAUUACCUAAAGAAAUCGAUUCACACGAGAGAGCAGAUGCAUAUCUUUGAGAAGGCUGAGGGGGCUGGCUACCUAUAUCGUUGUUAUGGUCUUAUUCUGGCGCUUCAGACCUGGUUCUAUAAGGUUUGCGAACCUGCUCAGGGUGUACUCUCUACAAAUCUUCGUGUACAUGAUAUCCCCAGGAUACUUAAGUGGGAAGUCAGAGAUAGCUAUACUCGUAUUUUCAUGGAGAGGACCUUUUCCAACCUUCACUACUCUAAGUUCAAGAACAUAAUCCCCACCGAGUCCGAGAGACAGAUUCUUUUGCUGAACUCAUUCUUCAAAAACAAAAAUGAGUUCACGCAAAACGAGAUUCCAUCAACUGACACUCCACGACACACCAAUGGUGUUGAUGUUAUAACCCGGCUAGACACAAUUACUGCUGAACUUGAGAGUUUGAAGCAAUCCUUCAUCGAAUUCUCGAGACGUGUUUUUGCUGAGUUUGAAUUUUUCAAGGAGACAUUACUUGGUGGCUCAAGUAAAGAGCAUCACACAGACAGAGGAAACACGAGCGAUGUUUGCGAUGGGAAUGAAGUGCCCAUUCAUAGUUCAGCCGAAAAAGAAAUGACUCUUCAGACGGCUUCUGCUGUUAAUGAUGAGAAUACGGGUGUGAAGUCUCCAGUAAGAGCCUUCAGAACAAAAUCUGAAGCACUUAUGAAGCGAGCAGCAGACAAGCCUCUUCGGCUACAGAAGGCUUCUGAUAUUAAUGUUGAGAAUACGAUUGUGAAGUCUCCAGUAAGAGCCUUCAGAACAAAAUCUGAAGCACUUAUGAAGCGAGCAGCAGACAAGCCUCUUCAGAAGGCUACUGAUGUUAAUGUUGAGAAUACGAGUGUGAAAUCUCCAGCAAGCGCAUACAGAACCAAAUCUGAAGAUCUUAUGAAGAAUGCAGCAUAUAAGUUUGUUCCAGAGCCCGGUACCCAUGUACCAGUUCAAAAUUUACCCCAGCCUGAUUUACAUAUAGCAAGUGGUGAAGACGAUGAUGACACAUUCUCCAUGAUUAACACCCAAUUCCUAGAGGAAAUUGACCGGACUUUGCAAGAAAAGUUGAAUGAAUCAUCCAAGGGGAAAGAAAAGUUGAAUGAAUCAUCCAAGGGGAAAGAACCGAGAGGUUUCAACUAUGACCCACACCCCAUCUAUGGUUACGCAGUGAAUGGAUCGCAGCCGUCAUUUGAUGCUUCUGCUCCUGUCGAGGAGAAUGUAGUAAAGGCGAAAGAAAGCAAUGUUGUGGUUGUGUAUGUACCAAAGAUAGAAGCCGUGAAACCAACAUCGAAUCCUAAAGAAAAAUCGAAGAAGGAAACUUGUCCGAAGAAGAAAGUACGAUGUUUUAGAUCAUGCCCAUUUGAUGUCGCUUUUGACAUAGCUGUGUCUGGCAAAGUGGACAUGACGAAAUACAGGGAUUGGAUUGCCGACGGGCUGCUCCGGACUGCUCCUCGUAAAGUCGACAACGGGCUCAACUACUACAGAAAACUUAGCAAGACAUUGCCCAAACCGUUUGACUUCAAUGUUGCCGUGGUAACGGACAAGAACUGGUUUUACAACAUCUUUGAGAUAAACUGCUUCCUCGACAGCAGCCACAUGGAUGUCAUCUUUUAUUACUUGAGGAAGUUUGGACUCUAUGCCAAAAGUGCCCCCGUCAAGUUCACAACGACUGAUGUGUUGUUCGACCAACACAUUAAGUCGUUGUACACCUUGUAUUUGUCCAGGUCUCGUGAUCAAUCCCUCUGCAAUGUUCAUGAUAUGAUAUUUGACUACAUAUUGGGCUAUAAGAUUAUAUGUGGGCUCCCUUGGGCGAAUGUUGACCACGUUAUGUUCCCAAUUCAUCUAGACAUAAAUGGAGUCGGUCAUUGGAUAUUGGGACGCCUUUCCCUUGAUGAUCUGAAACUUUAUAUAUACAAUUCAAUUCGCACAGAAGAUUGCGAUAAAAUUGCUAUUGAGACAGUGCAGGCUUAUGUUGAGAUCAUUCCCAUUUAUCUUCGACUGAUUAAGUUUUCGAAGAAAGGAUUGGCCUGUAAUGGCAAUUUUGAGGUCGUAAUGGUCGAUAAUUUACCACAACAGCUCAACAGCGAUUGUGGGGUGUUUGUUGCUUCGUUCGCUGAACAUUUCAUUUCGGGUCACGAGAUUUCCAAGGAGAAGUUUGAUAUCAACUCGCAAAGGGAGAGAUAUGGAUAUUUGCUCUACAAACAUGGCCUAAUGAAACAUGUUAACGAGUGCGAUAGUGACGAUGAUUCGCCAGGCAGUGUUCCUGAUGAAGUUCGGUUCGGAUUUUUGCAAUAG